AUGGCAGACGCUCGAGAGAAUCCGCGAGAAGCUAGAGGAAGAAGCGAUGAAACAGAGUCAAGAUCAGUUAAAGAGACUAAGGGACGAGCUACGGAUUUGAGGCGUGACGAGAAAAAUAGGGAACAGAGACAUGGAGCUAGUAGUGAGAGGCUCGGUUCGAGGUCAUCAUCUUCUGAUAAAAGCAGCGAGAGGGAUCUGAGAGCGUAUCCAGUUCGUCCCAGAGAAAAAGACUGUCAGUUUUACCUCGAAACUGGUCUGUGUCUCUUUGGAAGACGUUGCUGGUACAAUCAUCCUCGUCAUCUUCCAAAGGAGUUUCCGAAGAGGAAUGGUGUGAAGAUUUGUCAGGAACACAGGGAUGGUGCAGAACCUAGGUAUCAGGAGCGUAGAAGAACUCCGAGGAGUUACGAAACAGAAUCAGGAUCCAGGCCAAAGAAGAGGGCGAAAACUAUUCCGGAUUCCGCAGAGCCUGAUUUAAGAGAAAGAUUUGAAGAUCUAGAGGCUGAGGAAGGGGAAAUCCGAGAGCAAGAGAAUCCGCAGAAUCAGAUGCAGAGAAAUACUGAAAGCCAGGGGACAGAGAGAGCUCAACACAAUCUGCAGCAACAAAGCAAAAAUGAAACAGAGGCUCAACACAAUCUGCAGUUUCAUCAACAACAACAACAGCAACAACAAUCAGGGAUGGAGACUCCACAAUCAGGGAUGCAGAACCAUACACCGCAGCAGCAACAACAACCAUCUGUGAAGACUCCGCAGCAACAAGAGUUGUUAGCUUCUCAUUUUAAUCUCUAUCCGGUAAAAACACAAAAGUAG